UCUGGAGGACCGCGGAGAUGAUGCAGGCAUAGGAGGCAAUAAUGAGGACCAGAGCUCCAUUGAUGACAACAACGCCUUCCGUGUGAAUCAUCAGGGUGUUGAGGAGAAGCUGAAAUACGAUUGCCUCUCAUCACUGUCCACCGGUAUAAGAAGUGGGAAGAAAAAUCUGGGUCCAGUUGUUAAGAGAAAACAAAAAGGACAGCCAUCUCCAGAGGAUGAUUUCUGGGUCACCUAAGUCUGCUUACUCAUCAUACCUCCCCAACUGGUUGAAACUCUCCGGAGUCCUUUAGUUAUUUUCUCUAACUCCUGGAAAAUUUCCCUGAAAGGAAUGACUCUUGACUAUGUAAAUCAUUCGUACUUUUUUGUGGAUAGGUUUCAAUGAGGGAAAGUGAGAGAGCCCACAAAGAUACAGUGUUAUUCAGGAUGGUGUAGGGAAGAUACUCUAUGAAGGGAGGAAAAAGGCAAAAGAAGAAGACUUACGGGGUCAAAGACAAACUUGACGGUAUUCACCAUGUGCAAAGAAUUUUGAGAAAGAUAGUCCUCCCUCCCAAAAUUACUGAAAGCCUGUCUAGGAAUUGUCCAAGGCUCAGAAACUGCCGUAUGCUGGUGUGGAGCCCUCCAAGUGCCUUACCGUGGACCCUCGGCUGGACUGGAGUGGGCCAGGCCUGGUGCUCCCACCCGCUUUCAGGCAGCAUGUGUCACCAUGUCUUGUUUUGACAGCAGCACAGAGCAGACCUCUCAGGGAAGACAGAGGAGGUGGCCCAACACAGCAGAAAGGAGAGCAUCAGGAAGCAGUUGAGGGUAGAGCACCAGAUUCCCAGUGGUUGGUGCUUCUGCUUUUUGGGACAGGAGGACAUGUCUGGGAAAGGUGCUGGAGGCUGAAGUUUUAUCAGGCACUUCUGCUUGGAUUCCACUGUUCUCACCAGCAUGGAGUCCCAGGUCUGCUUCAAGAGGUUCUGAAAUUAAGACAAUUGACACAAAAAGUGGUCUUCAGAAGCAGCUCUUUAGUUUGGAGUUCUGGACUGGUUCACUUGCUACCAGAUGGUAAAAUGGGUACCACAGCUUGUGAUUUCAACAUCAGGCCCUUGUGAGGGCCAUGGAUUUGGGAAGGGAGGACCACAUACCAUGGGCAAACACAUGAGGUUGACAGGCUGUCCCACGACUAGUACAGCAGCCAAUGUGUCCAAAUGGAGGAUGCCAAGACUUGCUAGAUUCUCAUGAUUUGUGUUAGGAAAUCAGAGCAUGUUAAAUAACAAAACUUGCAUGUAACUGGGCUCACAUCAAUGGAAAGAAUCAACCAAACCAGCAGUGUCUCUGAAUUUAUUCUCCUGGGACUCUCCUCCCGGCCUGAGGACCAAAAGCCACUCUUUGUCCUGUUCCUCACUGUGUACCUGGUCACGCUAACGGGGAACCUGCUCAUUAUCUUGGCCAUCUGCUCUGACCCCCAGCUCCAGACCCCCAUGUAUUUCUUCUUGAGUUUUCUGUCUUUCACUGACAUUUGCUUCACAACAACUGUUGUCCCCAAGAUGCUGAUGAACUUCCUGUCAGAGAAGAAGACUAUCUCCUAUGAAGGGUGUCUGACACAGAUGUAUUUUCUCUACGCCUUUGGCAACACUGACAGCUGCCUGCUGGCAGUCAUGGCCUUUGAUCGCUAUGUGGCUAUCUGUGACCCCUUCCACUAUGUCACCACGAUGAGCCACCACCGCUGUGUUCUCCUGGUGGCCUUCUCUUGCUCAUUUCCUCACCUUCACUCACUCCUGCACACACUUCUGCUGAAUCUUCUCAUCUUCUGUGACUCCAAUGUUAUUCACCACUUUCUCUGUGACCUCAACCCUCUGCUGAAAUUGUCCUGUUCUUCUAUAUUUGUCAAUGAAAUUGUGAUUAUGACAGAAGUGCCUAUUGUUUUAGUGACUCCCUUUCUAUGCAUUGUUUUCUCCUAUGCAAGAAUCUUCGUAACGGUUCUCAAGAUUCCCUCUGCCACUGGGAAACGCAAAGCCUUCUCUACCUGUGGUUCUCACCUUACCGUGGUAACACUCUUUUAUGGAAGCAUCUUCUACGUCUACUUACAGCCCCUGUCCACCUACACCAUCAAGGACCACAUGGCAACAAUUGUCUAUACAGUUUUGUCAUCCAUGCUAAACCCUUUUAUCUACAGCCUGAGAAACAAAGACCUGAAACAAGGCCUGAGGAAGGUCAUGGGCAAGAGGAGGUCCUAGACAGCAUGCUCUUAAACCCACAAGUGCAAAUGUGCCCCACUCAGAACUGGUUUCUACUGGCUCUUGGCAAACAACCAAGAUGUAGGAGGUUAGCAGUUUUGCCCCAUGUGAGACAAGGCUAUCGUGGGCACUUGCAUCCAUUGAUGACAGCCCACCAAGUGGCCCAGCAUCUGCUUAAAUCACAAUACUCUUCCUCUCCAUUCUUCCUCCUUCCUAGGAAGAUUCAUUUCUCUACUUUCUCAUCUUGCAAAUACUGCUUUAAACUAAUCCU